AUGUGGUUAAUUCUCAUCCUUAGCACUCUACUCUUUUCUUCAGUGAUAUGUGAAGAAAGAGAAUGUGCGAGCAACAUCUGUCUGAACGGAGGUUCUUGUCGUGUAGACGACGUCAGCAGACGAUUCGCCUGUCGGUGUCGGCCCGGAUUCUCCGGAUCGCUGUGUCAAGAAGUGUGCACCCUCGAGUGCGCGAACGGUGUUUGCGUGAAAGGAGCGUUCGGAAAGCAGCAAUGCCAAUGUACACAAGGAUGGUCCGGAACAUUGUGCGAAAUAUCUGAUUCGACAUUGGAAGGUUGUACAAAAAAUGAAGACUGUGGCAUUGGUGAGCGAUGUGUGGAAAAUGACCAUGGACAGAAAAUUUGCACUGGUGACCCAUGCAAAUCACGACCAUGUAAAAACAAUGCUACGUGUGAAGCUGAAAAUGAAUCUUUUCGCUGUAUCUGUCCUACUGGUUUUGCCGGAAGACUUUGUGAUGCCGAUGUGAAUGAAUGUGAAUUGAUGCCAUGCCAACAUGGUGGAACUUGCAUCAAUUUGGAGGGUUCAUUCGAGUGUCUUUGCGAAACCCGAUUUAGCGGGCCACGUUGUGAGAUCGAAGGGGCCACUUGUGCUGCAAACCCUUGCCUCAAUCAGGGUACUUGCAUAGAUAGAGAAAAUGGAUUCUACUGCAUUUGUCCAAGCGGAUUCGAGGGAAAAAUCUGUCAGAAUGAGAAACGAUCAACAUGCCAAUGUCCUCAUCCGUCCCAAACCUGCACACUAGUUAACGGCAAACCAAGCUGUAAAUGCCCAAAAGGGUUUACUGGUCCCACUUGUACGGUACCAUCUCGCAACUGCGAUUCUGAACCGUGCCUCAACGGUGGACGAUGUCAAGAAGUACCUGGAGGGUUUCAGUGUUACUGUACUCCAGAUUACGGUGGCGAAACAUGCGAUGUUGCCAUACAGUGCCUCGUAGACGGAAGUCCUUGUCUUAAUGGCGGUCGCUGUAUUCGAGGAUUGUCAGAAAACCAUUGUGAAUGUGCAGAAAAUAUUAGCGGAUCUCAUUGUGAGGAAGCAAUGGUCACCAGGGCUCCAAAUCCUUGCGAUUCUAGUCCGUGCUUGAAUGGAGGUACUUGCCAUGACGAUGGUACAUUUGCUACUUGUGAAUGCCCUAAAGGAUUCAUUGGAGAGACAUGCUCCGAAACAGUAAACACCUCAGCUACUUGUGAUCCAAAUCCAUGCAAAAAUGGCGGAAAAUGUUUCGCGGAUGGCAAGUUCGUUUUCUUGUUGAAAACACAUUAUGUUCCAUUUUUACAGGUUCGGAUAAUGGAUUCUCAUGUGAAUGUGCUCCUGGUUUUGAAGGACCUCUGUGUGAAAGCCAGGCCACGUCCUGCCUUUCUUGUGUACACUCAGACAAAUGUGUGGAAUCCACAGCAGGAGCACUUUGCCUUUGUCAUCAAGGUUAUCAUGGUCCCCACUGUGACGAAAAGGGAGAGACCGCUAAUAUCGAUCGGUGACGUUCAUACGAGAUGCGGAUGUCCUAUCGGAUCUGCUGGUCCCAAGUGUAAAGAGAGUACGGUAGCCUCCUUAGACGAGAACAGCCUAUUCAUCCAUCAGAGCCCUAAUGUCAUGAUUGGGUCCUCAUCCGGUCCUCUACCCUAUGUUCUGAGUUUUUCAAUCAGGACUACGGUACCUACCGUACAUGUCAUUUCCGGCGAGAAUAUCUUUGGACAAAGACUUUUUACAAUCGGUUUAACUGACGGACGUCUUGUCAUUUCCAUUCAAGGAACCGCAUACAGAAAGCUUAUCCCUUACAACAUAAAUGAUGGCACUUGGUAUACAUUGCGAAUGGAGAAGAGCGAAAAUGAUGUCGUCAUCUCUGUCGUGAAUGAAGAUGGAUAUCAGCUACUACUCCAGUCUCUACCUAGACAGGCUACAUUUGACGUAUUCGCUACACGUCUGGGUAAAAUAUCAGAUACCGAGUAUUUUGUUGGUUGUGCAGCUGAUAUGGUCAUCGAUGAUGCAGAAAUCGACCUUGCCACAUCUAGCAGAGGAGCAGGCAUUACCUCAGCUAGAAGUGAUCGUGAAGUUACAAGUAAACCAUUAAUCCCUUCCGCUCUAUCGCAAGAUCUGCGUUACGCCACCAAAGCCCAACUCAUUCUUCGAACGAACCAACCUAAUGCUACAAUUCUGUUCCUUGGCGAAUCGGGUGAUGAACUGGCUACGUUCACUUCCUUAUCUUUGAGAGAAGGCCAUGUAAUUGUUCGAUCCCGUGCCGGAGGCAAAUCAGUCUACGAACUCAAAUCAAAAAAAGUAGUGGAUGACAAUAAAGACCAUAUUAUAGAAGUAGAUAGACAACGACGUCAGAUUAUGCUUCAUAUAGAUGGGCAACUGGAUGUGGAAGGAAGCAUUCAGUCCAGAUUUGAUCAUCCUGUAUUUGCGGAAAAAUUGCUGCUUGGCUCCAAUCAGGGCAUUUCUAAGGACGCUUUUGCCACGGAUGUAGCGUUUAAAGGAUCGCUGCAAGAUAUUCGCGUUAACGACAAGUCUGUUGUACUACAUCAACAACCUUCAUUUAAUGUCGAUACAUUGGGAGAAGGCUCAAUUUCGGAUGAUAUCUGCAGCCAAAAUAAUUUUUGCAUUCACGGAACUUGUCAGAAUACUUUCAACGAUUUUGAAUGCCAUUGUGAGCACGGUUUCUAUGGAAAGAAUUGUGAGAAGAAGGAUUAUUGCGCUGUUUCGCAGUGUUCAUCAGGAGAAUGCAGAAAUGUCGGAGAUGGCUAUAUUUGCACAUCACCUGUAACUCUAAAAUCAAACAGUCUGGUUACAUUCAUGAUGUCCAAUCCUGUUGAAACAUCGUCUGUCAUCACAUUUUCCAUCAGAACACACACGAGUAAUGGUCACAUACUUUCUGCUGACUUCAAGGAGUCAUCAGUGAAGUUGAGUUUGGCAAAUGGCCAAUUAGUAGUUGUAAGUGGAUCGAUUGCGACUCCUAUAAGAAAAACUAUAGCUGACGGACAAUGGCAUUCGAUAGAACUAAAUGGAAAUGUGGUUCAUGUCGAUGGAGCUAGUUACGGCUUACCCGACUCCGCCCAUCUGCCUCCCCAGGUAUCAUCCGGAAAUCUACAUCUUGGUGCCCUAGAGAACAUUCCAUCCUUCGAAGGCUGCUUGAAAGACAUCACAGUAGGAGAUUUACCUCCUCUGUCAUUCUAUGACGAAUCUGAAACUUGGCAAUCGUCCAACGUUACCCAUUGGGCAAUCCAGAAUAAGAAAAAGAUUGCCACGACAUGUUUGUCAUCACCACAGUGUGAUCUUGUCUCACCUUGUGUUCGUGGCGAGUGUCGCGACCUUUGGAAUGCUUUCACAUGUGUUUGUCCGUUCGGAUUUGAAGGGUCCCUAUGUGAAAUGAAUGUGAACGACUGUGCUGGAAUGGACUGUGGCCGAGGCUACUGCCUCGAUGGCCUAGGCACAGCGAGGUGUAUUUGCGACCCUGGUUUCACGGGCGAGGCAUGCGACACUGAGAUAGAUUCAUGUGCUUCGUUACCUUGUAAAAAUGGAGCUCUUUGCACAUCGCUCAAUGGCUCGUUCCAGUGCGAAUGCAGAAAUGGAUUUGUGGGAAAAACUUGCGAGUUCAAGGAUAGCGCUCAAUGCGACGAAAACACUUGCCAGAAUGGUGGAAAUUGCAAACAGGAGGACAAAUCUCCAACUAUGUGCUCAUGCAGACCAGGCUUCAGUGGGCGCUUUUGUGAGGAGUAUACGGAUCCCUGCUCAAAUCGACCUUGUGCUCAUGGGAUCUGUAAAAGCAAUUUGUUGGACUUCGAAUGCACCUGCGAUGACGGAUACGAAGGCAAAACCUGCUCUGAAGUGACGAAUAAAUGCACAGCAGAGUCAUGUAGCCAUGGACAAUGCUUGCCUGUAUGGAAUGCAACAAUGUGCGCUUGUGAUCAGCAUCAUCGCGGUGCUAAAUGCGACCAGCCAGUUGAUGAAUGCAUGUCGAUACCUUGCGAUAAUGGUGGUACCUGUGAGUCCACAAAUGACGGUUUUAAAUGCCACUGUCGAAAAUACUAUCUGGGUAAUCGCUGUGAGACUCCCGGUUCCUGUUUGAGUAACCCUUGCGAAAGAGGAGAAUGUUUGCAACUUUCAACGAACAAUCAUUCAUGUAGCUGUCCAAAAGGUUAUGAAGGGAAAAAAUGCGAGAUACGAAUCGAUUACUGUAAGGAAGAUCCAUGCUUUAACGGUGGCACAUGCGAGUCGCUGCUAGGAGAACACAAGUGCCACUGCAUUGCUGGAUUUACUGGUGUGAACUGCGAGACAGACAUUGACGAAUGUGCACUAGGAUUUUGCGCAAAUGGUGCCAAAUGCCGAGAUCGUGUGGCUGAUUACGAAUGUAAAUGUGAUGGCACUGGUUUUAGCGGGAAAAACUGCACUGUGGACAUUGACGAAUGUGCAUCUCCAUCGAAUUGCGUACAUGGUGCUUGCAAAAAUACUCGUGGAGGGUACAUUUGUAGUUGUGAAUCUGGUAGGAAGACGACUAUGGCCAUGAAACAUCCAUCCAUGAAUGCAAAUGCAAUAAAGGAUACACCGGACCACAAUGUUCAACAGUGUUACAUUCUUGGACCAAUGGCUGCUGUGCUAUCAGUGCUUACAAUCCUCGGAUGUACAUUAUUAGCCUUUGUUCUUCGAGGUAAACGUGCACUUCAUGGCCAUUACAGUCCAAGUCAUCAGGAAAGAAAUGGAGCUCGAUUACAGAUGAACUCAAUGAUCAAACUGCCUCCUGAGGAACGUUUAAUAUGA